UUGAGACAAUGACCAGUUUGAACAUAAGUGGGAGGUCUGAGUAAGUAGGCCUAGCCUAUCUUCCGGUGUCCCACCACAAUCAACGAUCCGCUUUAUCGGGGCGAAGUGCCAAGUUCAUAUGGCAGCAACAAGUGUGCAUAAUAAAGACGAACUUUCAACUUUCUUGGCUUUGCAGUUUCUCUGCAGGACAGUCGAGGUGUUCUAUUCGCCCGUGCAACAGAUUUCAUUGUGCUAUUUGCUCAAACCGCUACAAGAAUGAGUGAGGAUCAGUUUGACGUAGUUGUAGUCGGCGCGGGACUGUCCGGACUCAGCGCGGCUCGCAGGCUGCAAAAGAGAAACCCGCAACUCAGCGUCUUGGUUCUGGAGGCCAGAGACCGUGUCGGAGGACGAACUGUUAGUAAAAACCUGCCAGCUGCGAAUGGCGUUGACCAGUGGGACAUGGGGGGACAGUGGGUGUCCAGCUCGCAGACCCAUGUCAUGGAGCUUAUUCGAGAUCUUGGUCUGGAGGUCUUUCCACAAUACACCGAGGGCAAGAAGGUGCAUCACAUGGGUGGUCCGCAUGCCAAAAUCAAAACGUACACUUCUAGCAUGCCGUCAUACUCUCCGCUGGCCCUGCUGGACUUCACCCAGGUUCUGUGGCGGAUUGAUCAUCUUACUCAGACCAUAUCAGUUGAAGACCCAAUGAGUUCUCCUAACGCUGAGCUGUAUGAUGGCAUGACGCUUCACACCUUCAUGGAAAACCAUAUCUGGACCACACAGGUGAAAGAGGAGCUGGCUUUGUGUAGCCGUAUUGUAUUCGGCUUGGAAGCCUCUCAGGUCUCCUUCCUGUAUUUUCUGAUGUACUCCGCUGCAGCAGGGGGUACCCUACGACUCCUGGAGACCACACCUGGCUCGGGUCAGGAGUUCAGGGUCAAGGGGGGCACUCAGCAGCUGUCAGAGAAGCUAGUGGAGCAGAUUGGCAAAGAACGGGUUCGGCUGGGCACCGCCGUAAUGACCAUAUGUCAGAAUUCAGAGAACAUAAAAGUUACGACUUCUGCAGCCACAGUCACUUGUAAAGCUGUCAUUGUUGCGUGUCCUUCUCACUUGGCAGGCCAGAUCCGUUACGAGCCUGCCCUGCCAGCUGAGCGCCAGCGCCUCACCCAGUUCCUGCCCAUCGGCCACAUGACAAAGUUUAUCGUCACUUACCCCACUGCAUUUUGGAAGGAAAGAGGUUUCUCAGGGGAAAUCGUGGCACGUCCCUCUGAGGACUGUCCUUUAAGCGUCACAUUUGAUGCCACCAGCCCCAGAGGCAGUCCUGCGCUAGUGGGGUUCAUCACUGGAGUACAGGCCCAUGACUGGUGUGACAGAAAGAUGGAGGAGAGAAGAGAUGCUGUGAUCUCCAGCCUGGUGAAGUACCUUGGUCUGGAGGCAUCCACCUACAUUCACUACGAAGAAAAGGACUGGGCAAAAGAGGAGUGGAGUGGAGGCUGUCCUGUGAAUGUAAUGACCCCUGGGAUGCUAACAUAUUACCACCCGAGUCUUCGAAAGCCCUUCGGCAGGAUUCAUUGGGCCGGCACAGAGACGGCUACCCAAUGGUGUGGAUACAUUAAUGGAGCCAUUCAGGCUGGUCAGCGGGCAGCUAUGGAGGUCCUGGCUCAGAUGUGUCCUUCUUCUCUGUCCCAGGAGGAACUGGUUGCAGUGCGAGCUUCCCUGAAACACAGUGACCCAAGAAAGGAUUCAAAGUGUACAUCGUCUAAGUGUUACUACCUCUUUGGCGUGGUAAUGACAGCGGCUGCUCUAGUGACCGCCUACCUGUUGGCCAAACCAGAACUGGGAUUUGAAUGGUUUUAAAAGGAUUAUUGGCAGCACUUAGCCAUUGUGCCUUAAAAUGCACAAACUAAAAUAACAGUAAUUUACAGAUUCAUGUCAACUUGACCCAUUUUACUUACGUAACACGUAUUUACUUACAACGCAUUUCUGAAUGAAACAGCAUUUUCAAAG